AUGCAGUCUCCGAGCAAUGAGUCGGACUCGCCGGGCCAUGGGGCAGAGGAUACCCCUCCCCCGGAGCCAGAGCAGAGCUAUUACCCCCCUCGAGUCUGCCGCAUCUGUUUAGACACUGUACUGCCUACAGUUCAGCCCUCGGAAUUCUUCCAGAAGCCUCGUGUGGUGUAUGAGUCCACCGACCCAGAGUUGGGCCGACUACUGCGUCCCUGCAAAUGCAAAGGAUCCUCGCGAUAUGUACACGAAGGAUGCUUGCAAACAUGGCGGCACGCGGACCCCAGAUACGGCAGUCGGAACUACUGGCAGUGCCCAACCUGCGGUUUUCAGUACCGGCUGGAACGUCUAACCUGGGCACGAUGGAUCAGUAGCUCGGGCACCCAAAUUCUUCUUACCAUCGGCAUUCUGCUCUUGACUAUGUUCCUUCUUGGAUUUGUUGCUGACCCCAUUAUUGAAUUCUUCCUCGUCGACCUGGAUGAUCUUCCCUUGGAAGUCGAGGACCUUGACGUACAACAGGCAUCGUGGCUGGCUCAUUUCAUCAAGGGCCUUGCGUCCCUCGGCCUUUUAUCCUUCUUUCGGGUCAUGUUCAUGAUGUCGCCGUGGAAUCUCCGUGUCGCGACAGGAGGAGGCCGUUCCUCCGGCCGGGAUCGAGUGCGUUGGCUGAUGAUUGUGAUAGGCAUCGGCACUUUCCUUUGGGCUGUCUACAAAGGCGUCCGGUCCUGGAGCAAACGAACUCUAGAAAAGGCUGGAGAAAGAGUUAUGGAUGUUCCCUUGCCAGAUGACGAGGAUGAUGAUGUCGUGCCCACACCCCAAUCAGGUGACCAUUCCAAGACGGAUUGA